AUGCUUGACUUUACUGUCGAUUUCGAUUCUGUUAGUCCAGAUUUAUGGAUUAGCAAAGAAGAAACUUGUAAGGAAAAAUUGUUGAAACUUUCAAACUGGUCCCAGAUACCUUUAUUAAAUACAAAUGCAUCUCACAAAUUUUCUGAUGGCAAAUUAGUUCGUUUUCGUGGUAUGGUUCAAGAUAUGCAUAACCCUGAGUUUUAUUUUGAAAAAUUCGAAGUAUUUAAUACAACAACUAACGAAGUUAAAAUUAAGUCCGGGAAAUAUUGCGACACUGCUCACAUACUGGAAAAUGAAAAAAUUAACUAUACAGAAAAUUUGAAAAGUGCACAACGUCAAGCAAUGGUUGUAGUUUCUUUACCAGGAUUGAGUGACUGGGCACAGCAAAUAGAGGAAGACCAGAACUAUUUAAAACAUUUAGACCAACAACCAAAUUCAUCAAAAAGACUCAGUUCAAAUGCUAAUACAAAACUUAAACGAAGUUAUGAUGAAACUGAGAAUGAUUCCGAGGUUAUGGAUAUUGCCGAUGCUGAUCAUUUGAAUAAAGAACAGAGAACAGCAGAAGUGAUGGAUAAUGGAAAAAAUGUAGUAUCCAGAGAGCAUUUACUCAAUUUCCCUUUACCAGAUGUUCCCAGUAAAUCAUGUAUUGUUAAGGUAUAUGAUGAAUCUGAAAAUCUCAAAAUAAAUGACAUGAUUGAAGUAGUGGGCUUCCUUUCUGUUGAUCCUAUACUCUCUGGAGAGUUCCAGCCGGAAAAGAACUCUUUCUUGGAACCGGAGGGUGAUACAGAUGUAGAAAUUAUAACACAUAACCCACCACCCAGUCUGGUGCCGAGGCUUCAUGCUGUCUAUGUAAAGAAACUAGAUCACUGCAAUCCUUUAGUAGCCAAUUUUGAUCAAGCGGCUGUGCUAAAAGAAGCAAAUUCAGCAAGGGAACACCUUUUAAAAGCAUUAACAGAGUUACUUCUUGGUGAUCAACUAGCUGCUGAAUAUUUAAUAUGCCAUCUCAUUGCAUGUGUAUACCUCCGUCAAGAUACUCUUGCCCUCGGCCAAUUCUGUCUGAAUCUCUCAAAUCUGCCAACGAAAAAAUAUCCGAACUAUGCUAAGCAGCUAUAUGACAUCAUCAAGCAGUUUGUUACAAAAAGUUACUAUCUCCCACUCACAAUAGAGAAUUUAAAUACGAUGGCACUUCUACCAAAGAAAGACUAUGAAUGUAAUAGAUUAACAAGUGGAAUUCUACAAUUAAGCAAACACACACAUUUGAUAUUAGAUGAAACAAAAAUGGAACAAGGACGCUUGGACUCGACUGGUGUUAGCAAUUUGACCGCAUUAGGUAAUAUGAUUACUACCCAGAAAGUUGAAUAUGACUUCAAAUAUUACAAGAUGGAGUUUGAUUCGGAUAUACCAGUGCUGUUACUCUCUGAAGGAAAAUCUUUAUUGCCGAGUGACUACCAUGUCCCUCUAAGGCCAGAAGAAUCAUCUCUGGAAAUCUUUGAUGCAAUAGUUGAGGCUGCCACUUAUUAUCUAAAGGAAGAGAUCAUGAACACUAUCAGGAAAUAUCUGACCAACUUGAAGCUCGUCAAAUAUACUAUAAGUGAAGAUUUGCAGUUUGUCGAAGAUGACUUCAUUGAAAUGCGAAGUCAGUCCGAUGCAGAAAACCCAGUUACAGCAGACGACUUACACAGACUUUUAGUUUUAGCGAGGCUGGUUAGUCUCUCUCGUGGAUACGAUACUUUAAACAAGGAGUGCUGGGACAUCACAAGGAAGAUGGAAUGUGAACGGUUGAACCGGAUAAAGAACAGAGUGGCUCCUACAUUUUAA